AUGGGUUGGCUCAAACGAGCGGCGUCGUCCGUGAAGAACGCGAUGGGAUUUGGCGACGAUUCAGACGACGAAGCGUACGGCGAGAACGGCGAGAAGAAUAACAGUUCUCGACGGCGAAGCAACCACGGAGGGUCCUCGUCGUCGAAAUCGAAACAAAAAGUACUCAGAUAUCCGGUGUUGCAAUUCGCGCAAAGUCCAAUCACCGGGGAAUUCAUCGGCGGCGUCCAAGGGUUGUCCUGGUUUUGCGAAGAAUUUCGGGAAAAUGGUGAAGGGGAUGUCGCCCACGCAUUUUUUCGAGAGGACUAUGCGGAGGAAAGGACGAGUUUUGAACCGAGUCGGAGGGUGAAAAGCGGGACGUUCUUACCCAUGCGGGUGAAAGAUGGGAACGUGGAGAUGUUUAGAAGGAACUUGUGA